AGUUUGAUAACAUAAUCCACCCCAAAUACUUGCUUUGAUUUAUCAGUUCAUUGGUGAGUUCAUUUCAGUUGAGGAAUGUAAGUAGAAAUAUAGAAUUGACAGUCCCCUCUUGAGUCUUGCUUGAAUCCCUGAAAUUUCUCCCCUAAAUGAUAUGUAAACACCUGUAUCUUCGUUUAUUACAUCCCUUGAUUUCCCCUUAUUAGAUUAGGAUUCUUUUUCACUGUAAUUAGAGAUACUGUCCACAUUUAGAAUAGCUAAGGGUGAACGAUCUCUUCUUCAGUAAAGGAAUAAUCUCAUUUGUUGGCUUUCUAAAUCAGAGUUGCUCUUCCCAACAAUUUUGGAUUUUUUAGAACUGGAAGCAACACUUUUACUUUAAGCAUAAGCAAAUCAGAGUUGCUCUUCUCAACAAUUUUGGAUUUUUUAGAACUGGAAGCAACACUUUUACUUUAAGCAUAAGCUUGAGAACCCAGAAAAUUAUUAAAAGAAUAUGAGAUUAGCCCUUUACUAAUAGGCUAUUCUCACAUUCUAUCAAUAUUUCAAACACUCCCCCCAUCCGUGCUCUUUGGUUGAAAUCGACACACAACAUUAUUUUAAUGUGGGAUGUCAAAUUGCUUCCCUUGAUAGACAAAAACUUGCUUGAUUGCUUGUACACAAACUUUUUAGCCCACUUGCCUGCAGGUCUCCCCUUCUUAUCUAGUUUUCUUUUUCAGUACUGAAAUCACAAUGAUUUAUAUCUGGGUAUCUAAGCAUUCAAAAUAGUCCCAAAAAACUGCUGUGCCGGCCUGUGUCCGUUUUAUGUUUUAUGUUUUUGUAUUUGUCCAGGAAGGAAAGGAAUAGAGAUGGUGGAUGUCCCAAAGAAUGGCAUUGGAGAAAUGAAUGUUUCUCACGGGAGCAAGAAUAAGUACGGGAGAAUGGAUUCUGAGCUUUUAGAUGAUUUGGGUGAUGCUUUCAUUCAACAUAAUCAUCAGGUGGAGAGGAAGAGGAUCACAAUGAAAUUUGUGAUCACUUGCGGCAUUUUUGCAUCUUUGAAUCAUGUUCUUCUUGGCUAUGAUAUAGGAGUGAUGAGUGGGGCAAUCAUAUUCAUACAGGAGGAUUUGAGGAUAACUGAGGUACAGCAAGAAGUUCUUGUUGGGAUUUUGAGCAUUGUUUCUCUUGUGGGCAGUUUAAUUGGUGGAAAAACAGCAGAUUUAAUUGGUAGAAAGUGGACAAUGGCCUUAGCUGCUAUUGUUUUCCAAAUUGGUGCAGCCACAAUGACAGUUGCACCUUCCUUUGAAAUAUUGAUGGUAGGAAGGCUCUUGUGUGGGGUUGGCAUAGGUUUGGGAGCUAUGAUUGCUCCCGUGUAUAUUGCAGAGAUAUCACCAAGUGCUGUGAGAGGCUUUCUCACCUCUUUUCCAGAGAUUUUCAUAAAUUUAGGAAUCUUGCUCGGUUAUUUCUCAAAUUACAUGUUUUCUGAUCUUUCAGUGCACAUAAACUGGAGGAUAAUGCUAGCUGUGGGGAUUUUCCCUUCAGUCUUCAUAGGAAUUGCACUUUUCAUCAUCCCUGAGUCACCAAGGUGGUUGGUGAUGCAAAACCGAGUUGAAGAAGCAAGAUCAGUGCUGCUAAAAACAAAUGAAAAUGAUGAAACAGUGGAAGAAAGACUUGCUGAAAUACAACUAGCUUAUGGAAUUGGUAAUGCAGAUAAGCAUGAAGACAAAGCUGUUUGGAAUGAGCUGUUAAUGCCUGCCCCUUCUGUUCGGAUGAUGCUGGUCACCGGACUUGGAAUCCAUUUUUUCCAACAGAUCACAGGGUCCGAUGCAAUUGUGUAUUAUAGCCCUGAAAUUUUCAAGGUUGCUGGCUUUAAGAACAACUCCAACCUUCUUGCUGCGACUGUUGCAAUGGGUGUUGCAAAAACUGCCUUUAUAUUGGUUGCUACUUUUCUCAUUGACAAACUUGGGAGAAAACCCUUGCUCUAUGUAAGCACAAUAGGAAUGACCAUCUGUCUGUCUACUUUGGGCUUUAGCCUUGCUUUACUGGGAAAAGGGCAGCUUGGAAUUGCAUUGGCUGUUUUAUGUGUUUGUGGGAAUGUAGCUCUCUUUUCUGUGGGAAUGGGACCUAUUUGUGGAGUUCUGUCAUCGGAAAUCUACCCCUUGAGGCUGCGCGCUCAAGCAUCUGCUCUUGGAUCUGUGGUUAAUAGAGUGUGCAGUGGCUUUGUUUCUAUGUCUUUCCUCUCACUCUCACGGAAAAUUACAUUUGGUGGAACAUUCUUCAUUUUCUCGGCGUUGUCAGCUCUUUCUGUUUUCUUCGUUCACACCCUUGUUCCGGAGACUAAAGGAAAGUCAUUAGAGCAGGUUGAGUUGCUAUUCCAAGAUCAACCUAAACUGCAGGGAAGCAAAAUAGAAACUGGAGAUGCUGAGCAUCUAGCUCACAAUUCAUAACUGAAGCAUGGUAAUGUCCAUUCAACAAGGAGAAAAAAAAUUGUUCAUUUCUUUUGAUUUGGUGUGGGAGUAGAAACAGAAGGGAUUCUAUUUCAACGUGUAAGAAUUGGAUAAUGAAGCUUCUUGCCUGAGAGGCUGACUCCCCUCAGGUAUAUCUAGAAUCGAGGUGAUUCUAUGAGUUGAUAACCAAAUAGAGAAACCACAAUGUUUAAUUUAGACUGUUAGCCAUACUGUUAAUGUUGGAAGCAUACCUUAUACUGUUUUUUAGCUAUACAUUGUAGAUCUGGUACAAUCAAGGGAAUCAAAAAAUAGGUCACAGUCCCCAACUCCCCAUAUUAUAAGGAUGCACUGGAAACAAAGUGUGUAAUAUGUAGUUGUAUAUCAAUGAUCUGAUAAUGUGAAUGGAAGAAAUUUGAUUGAUUUUUUUAAAUAAAAUUUUGAAUUUUUU